UUAGUUUUAAACGAAAUCUUACGACUACUCAAAGUAUCACUAAAAAUACAAGCAACAGUAAUGAUAACACUUUCACGAAAUCGAAUAUACAAGAACAUUGUAUAAGUGCUAUUUCAGCAGAAAAAAUUAUUGAUCGAAUCAAAUUUCUAAAAGAAAAUAUAUACAAUCGUAUUAAUUAUGAAUUAUUAGAAGAUUUUCCUAAAUGGCUUAAAGGACUGCAUAUGCAAAAUUUGGCACAUCAUUUUGAAGGAAAGAAAUGGCAAGAAAUCAAAAAAAUGGAUGAUAAGCAUUUAGAAAAGUUGGGAAUUACUGAUCAUGUUACAAGAUCAAUAUUAGGAUCGCAUUUUUGGGCUUUUGACAACAACAAAGGCU